GUGAAUCUCGGUGGUGCAGCAAGACUGUACGGUGGUGAAAAUUUGAAAAAUUCUAGUGUUUAAAGGAAGUGUCUCCGAGUGAAAAGUGCUCGAACGGCUUGGUUAAGGUCCGGGGAAUGAGGAAAAUCGAUAGAGGAUAGAUUAGGCUUUUUAUUUAUCGCUGUAACCCGAGACAACCGCAAAACAUUGAGUGUGCAGUGUGUUGCAGUUGCAGCGAAAAAGGGGGUUAUCUCCUGUGAAGGCAACCGCCCGGAAGAAGAAGAAUUUCAACCCGAAUUCCAGUGUUAGUCACGAACAUGAAGACAGCUUAGUACUGUUGUUGUUGUUGUUGUUGUUGAUAUUGUACCGAGUUCAGCCAGCCAAACAACAACCAUGGAAGAACUACUGAUGACUAUCGUAAAGGAGGCGACCGGUAGCAAACAGCAAAAUCUGAAACAAGCCGCACAAAUUGCACACGACAAACUCCUACGUCAGCAUGGCAUCCAUCGGGAUCCCUCGUACGAGCUGCGAACGGUGUGCUUCACCGCACUCCAGAUGGCGCUGGAGACAAAGCGACCCAAGUUUGUCACCUACGGACUGAACGGCUUGCACCGCAUCAUCCGCGACGAGCGGUUCUUCUUCGGUCUUGAACCGGAGGACGAUUCCCUGUGGUUGCCGGCUCAACUGCUCCGAUCGACUUCCGGAAUUUCUACCGUCGGAAACGAGGACACCGUUGUCAACGUACUCCGGUUGUUCCUGUCGAUGGCCUGCUCUCCGACCUGCACCCUCAACGGACGGCUUCUGAUCGAGGUCCUCUCCAAGUGUGGCGAAUGCUGGGAAAACGGUUCCCGAGCCGUAAAAGCAGCUUCCCUAGCUGCCGGUAGCCAAUGUCUCCGCGCGUUCUGCACCUUUCUCAAGGACGAAGCCGAAGAGAUCCUACGCACCGGUCCGGCAGCGAUCAUCAACAUAGGCAUGGCUGCGGCCGUCUACAAUGAGGUUAUCCCCGUUAUGCAAUGGCUGUGCAGUCGGUUGAUCGAACCGACCACCGGAAGCCCCAAGCGGACUGACUCCGCCGGGUCUCUCUACCUAAUGGAAUGCAUCCUAACUCUGGUAACCUCCCUGCCACCGGAUGUCCACGCAAAUCCACACUUUACAGCGUUCCUAUGGCAGAAGUUCUGUCCAACGCUAGCCGCUACCCUCGGCUCCCCCGGAAGAGUCAACAUUGACAAAAAGUUCACUUACAAAGACGCAAUACAUCUGAUUGAAUCGGAGCACCGUGGAUUCUUCACCCGUCCGGGGCUGGAUGGCCCCCAAGCCCGUUGCAUCUACCUGACCAGCAUCCAGCUGUUGCGAAUCGCCGGAGCUCAGGGUACCCUUAGGCCCAUGCUGGAAGCCUUGUUCCAUCGGAUGCUGCUACUGCCGAUACCGGCAAAUCGCGCCGAACCCCUGCGCUGCGUUCGGGAGAUCCUCAAGAGCCCCGAACGGCUCAUCGAUCUGUCCGUGAUCCUGUACCCGGACAAAAACCAAGGACAAAGCUGCAGCGACGAUAUGGCACUGUUUCGACUAAUAAUCGACGCCAUGGAGGAAUGCGCAACCACGUCCCAGCACGGCAGCAACUCCGUGGACAGUUCGAUGAACUCCAGUGUAGAGUGCAUCGUAGCUUUGCUCGACAGUCUCCAGACCCUAUGCUCCGGAACGUUCGACGAGUCGAUCAUGAGCGACCGGAUCGCCGAUGUCAUCAACAAUCGGUACCACCAAUUGCGCGAAUCUGACUACACCGGUCCGUUGACAUAUCAAUCGAUGGCACGGCUGCCGGCACCGUAUCGGGAUGCCGUGGCUGAACUCCGUCAGAAUGGGUUCGAAACCUCGUCGGAGUCAGAGGUGGAUGCCGAGCAUCCUAUCGAUCCCGAAGCGGGAUCACUCGGAUCCGGAGACACCGAGGGCCCAGAAGACGAAGCCCACUCCUCCAGUGACGAUGUAUCAUCCAGGGCCGACGGAAACUGGCCCUGGGCUCAUCUGGAGGAACCUCCACACGUGCGGUCCGACGUGGACUGUGAUCGCCAUCACGCCAGGGAAUUUGCAAAGGUGCUCACCGGUGAUCUGGUUCCAAACCUGCUGAAACUGAAAGCUUCCGUCGAAGUGGAUGAAGCAAUCCAGGAGUUUGCCUCCAACAUCUGCCAACAGAACAGUGUAAACUACUCAGAUUACGAUUACAAUCUGACCGCGUUGAACGCGGAUGGCAUCUAUCUGGCCACCUACUCUGCUCUCCUGCUAGCACUGCAACUUAUGAAAGCCGGUCACUACGACGAAGGCCAUGAACCGAUCCUGAUACCCCUGUCCGAGCAGCAGUUCGUGACCUCCGUCCAGAAUGCCGGAGUCCUGGUCUACCUGAGUUCCGCAUGGCUUCGCGAACUGUAUCAAAGCAUCCUAGCUUCCAAUCCUCUCGGAACGCUCAAGUCCAUCGAGAACACGGAUGGAUCACACUGCGCUCUGGUGGACAUGCUGUACGACGCUGGAGGCGUCGGACCAUCACAAAUGCUUUCGGAUUGGCAACGACUUCAAUCGGUCGUGCGAAUUCAAAGCGAGCCAAACGUCAAGCAGCUGGCAGCUAAGAAGCUCGCUCGUCGUCUACUGACGUGCUGUUGGGAUUCAAUGGUCACCGUGCUGACCGCCGGCCUGGGUGAGGUCGAUGAUUCUCGCACCGCUCGGUUGAUGAAGUUAUCGAAGAAGACGCUCCGCGUUAAGAAGAAAGCUCGUACCUCUGGUGAAGCGCUGUACGCGCUAAGCUUGGAAGGCCUCCACGCAGCGGCAACUUUGAGUAAUUCCCUGAAUCUGCAGCAUUUGGCCGGGAAAAUUCUGAACCUGAUCGCGACUAACGUAUGCCAGAAUUCCGGUCCAAAAAUUCCCGCCAGUCAGGCCCUGUCGAUGGACGUAGUGUUGUCCGGAGGAUUGGAGCUAGGAUCACAUUCGGCCGACUGCUGGCUGCCGGUGUUCUCCGUCUGUCGCCAUGUGACUCAACUGGAACAUGAUCUGUUCAGUUCGCAGAACGCUCAGAUGGGGAAUGCUUCGCAGGUGGCGAACAGUGGAAAGGAAAACGAUUCGCCGAGCAAGAGUGGAGGGCAAUCGGACAAGUUGAACCUGUCGUCGUAUCCAAUCGACGAGGAUGAGACCUGCGUGGACGUCUACAGUUUCCUGCAGGCUCCGCUUCCAAACUCGAACGCCAAUGUGGCGACCAUCCUGAAAGCGUACUCCGGGAAUGAUACGGUGAAUCUGUCGCAAGCGGAUACGGCCAAAAUGCUGUGCGCGUUGUCUCAUCAGGCGGAUACGCUCUUCUCGGAUGCUGCCGAACGGCUUGCUCUUCCGGCGCUGCUGCACUUCUUGAAGAGCUUGUGUCGGGCGUCGCGUGAGCAGCUGUACCGUGGCUCGUCGUCCAAGAAAGGUAAAAAGUCCUGGUGGCUCGGUCGCCCGUGGAAGGUCAAGAACGAUUCGCUACCGCUGUCCCUGCUGUUGCAUCGCGUCGGAGACGUUACGCUUAAGGUAUUCCGGGGACCAAGGCCACUGUUGCACAUCCUGAAGGUUUGGGCCAUCACCGGACCGCACUUGAUGGAUGCUGCCUGUCAUAAGGAUCGAGCCAUUUCCAAGCGUGCUAUCGAGUACAUCCACGACAUCAUCACGGCCUUACUGGUGGAGCAAUCCGAGUUGCCGCACUUCCACUUCAACGAGGCGCUUCUCAAGCCCUUCGAGAAUCUGCUGAGCAUGGAUUCCUGCGACGUGGACGUGCAGGAUCAGAUAGUCGGUUGUCUGUACGAGAUCGUCGAAGCUCACCGCACGGAGAUCCGAUCAGGUUGGCGACCGCUGUUUGGAACGCUACGAACCGCCCGUAACCGUCCGGUACAUCUGUCCAACAUCAUCGACAUCUUCCACGUGUUCCUCGAGACGGAUAACACCCUGGUGUUUGCCAACGCUGGACUGGACUGUAUUCUGUGUCUGCUGUCGUACUUGGAGAUUUCCGGCAGUGGAGGAAGUGUUGCCGGUUCGACUGGUGGAGGUGGUGGCAACGGGCCAGACGGCAGCACAAACGACGACAAUAACAUUAGAUCCAGUGAUUUUUUAUAUGAUGCGUUGAAAUUCCUCGAACGUUGCUCAUCGAUCCUUAGCUUUAUGUACAAUAUGCCUCAAUGUCCGAAUCUGCACUCGACCUACAAGAUCAAAGGUAUCACCUACACUCACAUCAUCGAUGCCAACAUUCCGAACUCGAUGGAGAACUUCACCUACUUCGGGCAGGACUACCUGCAGAGCAGCAACGAGCAGUACAUGAUCAGCUACCGUUCGCUGCAUAUCGAUAAGGAGACGAUCACCAAGAUCGAUGAACUGGACAAGCCGAGCGGAGUGCUGAAGGUGUGGUUCCUGCUGCUGGACGGUCUGACCAACUCGCUGAUCGUUUGCCCGAUCGCUCACCAAUCGCCAAUUCUGCAGUCCAUCUUCAAACUGUUCAAAUCGCUGCUCAUCAAUCCGGGCAUCGAGUUCGGGUUCUACUGCAUUAACCAUCUGUUGAUUCCGAUGAUUCAGGAUUGGUUGCGGUACGUCAACAAGGCACAGAAGAACUGGACUUUGAUCGAGAAGAACUUCAAGCACUGCUGUUGCAUGACCACCGACCUGGUGGUGGAGUUUAUCGAGAAGUCCCAAGGCACGGUCAGUGGUCUGGAGGACCGCAUUGUGAUUGGAAGCGAGCAGACGUAUAACCAUCAUCAGCAGAGUGUCAAAAGUAAGAGCAAGUUUACGAGUAUCGUUCGACCGGUGGAUAACAUGAAAUUCAGUAAGCUGAGAAAGAUGACUUCGGCGGACGAUCAGCAGCAGCAGCAGAACCAACAGCAGCAACAGCAACAGCAGCAGCAGUAUGCGGGCUAUUAUGGAAGUAAGAAGGAAGAGGAUGUAUCCAGUGCUACGAAGAUUCCGACGGCAGCGAUCUUAGCACUGAAGCAGCUGCUGCUGGUGUUGAUCGAGUGUUCGGCACAGUCGCAAGAGACGAUCGCCAGGGUUGGGGUGAGUUGUAUGAAGCACAUAAUCUUCUCGACGGGACACAUCUUCAACGAGGAUCAGUGGAUGGUAAUCACGUCGGCAAUCCACCGGGCCAGUACGGUAACGAUGGCUCCGCUGAGACAGUUGAUCUUCGCUUUCAAUGAGAACUCCAACAGUUUCUAUGGGGAUUGCGCGAAUGUGAAGGUUGCGGCAAGACGGGACAGUACGCUGGAUGAGCUUCAAAGGGUGCAUUCGUUGGCGCAGCAGGUGUUCUUGAUGGAUAAUCAGCGAGAUGUGUUGAACUCGAAGGUCAACAACAAUCUCGGAGGUGGACUGAAUGGAGUUAACGGAGCGGGAACGGCUACGGAUGAUCGAUCGUACUCGUUCUUACUGUAUCCAUUGAACUGCAAUACGAGCAUGACCCAGUCUUGUUCGGUGAAUGGGGGAGGAAUCAGUGCGUCGUUGCAGAGCAAUGGACUCAACUUGGAUAGCUACAUCAUUAGGAUUCCGUAUAGGAACUUGGUCGUGGGAUUGCUGGCGAGUCAGAUGUUGCUGCAGCUCAUUGCGAACAUCCUGUUGAACGGGUUGACGAACGUGCCGAACGAGCUGAACUCGUGCAUCUACAAUGGAGGUGAGACAACCGGUACCAGUACCAGUACCAAGGCACUGUUUCAGCUGGGCUACCGAAGCAAGGAGGUUCUGCUGAGAACGUUGAAGCAGUUCCUGAUCUGUUCGAUGGACUUUGACAUGCGACCGGGGCUGAAGUUCUUGAUCCAGAAGGUGUCUAACAUUGAGAGUGCGGCAAACCUAUACAAACAGAUGACCUCUUCGUGGAUCAUCAACUUCAUGACCCUGGUGGACGUGUACAUCAACAACAUUAGUGCGUACAAUUUGAACGAGGAUGACAUCAAGUACAUCUUGGAUUCGUGCAGUCACAUGACGGCCGCUAGUCAGCAGUGGAAGAAGAACGAGAACUUUGUCCACUACCUGUUGGCUCUGCGGGAUCUAUGGGAUCUGAUUGCGGAGCACUUCAUCGAUAAUAUGGAGAGUAACGGCAACGAUGGAUCGAUCGUAACGCACAUUGUAGAGAACAAGUUGGAGAAAUACGAACGCUUCGACGACAAGCUGGACAGUUCGGGUGGCGAAGAUGAACAUUCGAGCUCGCCGGAAGGGAUCAGCUGUGGAGACCUAGCGAACGACAUUGACAAUCAAGCGGUGGAUCCGGAGUCUCCGUCCAAGAGCGAUGAGGAGAGCGUCUCCGUAUCGACGAUCGUUGGCAACCACGGUGGCAGGAUGAAUCCGUUCAACAUCUCCGCUAAUCAGCAGCAACAUUUGCAACAUCAACAGCAACUACAGCAUCAACAGCAACAGCAGCAAUCGAUAUCGCCGGAGAUCGAGCAACAGCGAACCAACAGCAUACAGAAGGAUCUGAUUUGCAAGCGAUCGGCACUGAAGCAGCUCAUCGUAGCGUCGAUGGAAUUGCUGAAGCUGCUCCCCGAGGAGCAGGCCGAGCUUCUGAAGCUUCUGCUCACGCCCAAGAUCCGGGAAGCGUUCCGGGUGAUCCAGGAACAGGGAACCGGCUUGACGAUGGAGUAGUACGCCGCUUUCCGGGAGGUGUUUUUCCCGCUGCGCGGGUUCUCUUCUACGUAAAUCUUUUGACACAUUAACAUAUAUGCAAAACGUACAUUUCGAUGGAAGACAAGAUAUAAUCGACUAGACUGAAAUCGUUUAACAAAAAAUAUAUAUCGCAAAUUUACAGACAAUGCAAACUCCUGAAUUGAAGUUGAAUGGCAGAUCAAGAAAAAAAACACAUAUUUUGAUGAUAUAUAGCUUUACAUGAUUUAUACAUUUACGCAUGGAACAAAACAAAAUCAUAUAUACCUAUAUAUAUACAUAUUGAAGUCCCCUUAAGAACCCUAUAACUGUUGAUAUACGCUAAGGAAUUUACUAAAAAAAACCGCGAAAAAAACGCUAUAAACUACAACACUUGAGCUACACGCCCUCCACGCAGCCUGCUGUGAAAAAUCUCUCUAAAUACGCAAACACACUUCUGAACACUACACAAACACUUGCUCAAAAAACUCCAACACAUACACACACACACACACGACACCAAACAGCUUAAAGCUACCGCACUGCGCGCGUGUUCUAAUCUUUUCAAACUGACUACUAACAUAUAACACAGCAAAACAAACAACCCGAUAUAACCGAAACCUCACCUACUCAUAUUGUAACAACUACUAACGAACAUGGCUUUCAUACUCACACCAAUACCAGCGUGCUUUCAGUUUUUGCGUUUUCCGGUUCUUUGAUUCGUUUAUCGACAUAUACGCUUCUUGUUCACGAACGCACGGUGAAACGCACACUACUGUAUAAUCUUCGCACCGAAAACAAAACAAAAAACACACACAAACACACACUUACAUACUUUUGCGAUUGGUGCCGCAAGCGUUUCACUGAUGAUGGAGUUGCCCUUAACCUAGACGCUUCUGUGACAUUUUUUAUAAACUCUCCUAAAUCUCUUUCUCUUGAUAAGUGGAAAACGAAGAAACCGAACAAAUCCAAUGAAUCAAAUUACGGAACGGAACAAAACAAACAAGACAAAAACAACAACAAAGUGGCAGUGGUUGUCAUUUUUAUAGUAAUUAUUAUUGUUAUUAUCAACAUCAGUGGCAUAAGUGUAUUCGAGUUCUUUCACAAACACAGACACACAAACACACACAUACACAAACAAUAAAAAAAGUAUUUUGAUCUGCUUAAGUUGGACAGAAACGGCGAAAGGUAAACAAACCAAGUAUUUUUGUGAUCGGAUCAGUAUUUUCCCCUUCAAUACCUAUUUCUUAACUCCCUAUUUUAAUCAAACAAUUGUAAGCUUGGGUUAUCCUCGGUUCAACGACACUGAUUGAUGUCAAAACGACAAAAAAAAGAAACCCUCCAUAUUCCCAGUUACAUCCAUCUGAUUGUCGAGAAAGAAAAUAAUAAAAAAAAAAAACACAACAAACAGCAAAUGAUGUUAUGAAUCAAUAAGAAAACAAAACAGUAUAAACAACAUUUCCACAGCUAAACAUAAAAGUGGAAUCACACAAGUAUUUACCCGAAACUGCAAAAGAAAGGAAACCCAAACAUGAGAAAAAAAAUUGAAACACAACUACUAAUUCCAACACCGACAUGGAACCUGUCGUGAACAACAAUAAACAAUUGAAGUAAAUAUUAUAUAU